ACAACGCUUAAAAAAAAAACUAAGCAAUUUGCACAUGAUAAUAAACACUUGCUGUCUUUACUGUUUUCGAUUCACCUGAGUCUCUAACAUGCUCACAAAUUAAUUCACCUCAGUAUCUUUCAUGUUCACACACAUCUGUCAGAGAAACACACAAUGAUCUUUCUGCCUUUUACAUGCUUUUCUCAACACCCUAACUCCGAUCUCUUCCCACCCAAGUUUCUAGAGUCUAGACACUGUGAUAUAUAGCUGCAAACAAACAGUUCAAGCGGUCACAGAACAGGUUAAUGUUCAUACCAGCCUUCAUUCAUCAGCAGGAGAAAAAAAAAAAAAAAAAAGACGUAUUUUCACAUUUAUUCCCAUGUUCGAAAAUUACAAAAAUAAUUUACUUAUUGUUGUAAUAUGUGGUCAUGUAUUAUCAAAGUUCAUCAGAUAAUUAAAGUAUGGUUGACACUGAAAGGUAACUAAUAGUAAUAUCUUUUAUCUUUUUACAUAGCUCAAAUAGAAAUAUAUGAAUAUGUAUAGAUGCUCAUAAUCUACAUUUGCAUAUGAUAAAUUUUGCCGUAACUGUUAUAAGAGCUAUGGUAGUGUCACAGUUUAAACCUCGAUCAUAAGUAUCUAUAUUUUGGCAUUUACUAUUUUUGGCGUUUUUAACAUUUUAAGAUUUUUUUUUUUGCAUUGGGUAUGAUGGUGGAAUUUCUUAAAAUGUCUGAAAUUUACUGUAUACUGCAUAUAAAACACCCUGUGGGACCGCGGGGUAUGCUUGCCUAGCGAGUGUUGUAAGAAAUAGAGUCCCUGCCAUCCAGCCAGGCAUGUCGUAAGAGGUGACUAACAACCCCACCAUGUGAAUAAAUGAUUGUUACAGAAACUAGCAGCAGAGAAUUCGUCACAAAUGGCGAAGGUAUCGACAUCAGUGGCGGACUCUGGAUGAGGCCUUAUGUGCAACCUGAUGCACGAGGAGGAAUAGAUAGAUUCCAUAUAAAAAAGCAAUGUUUGUCUGGUCACACAUAACAGAAAUUUCUAAAUUUCACAUAGAAGGAAGUGCCUUGUCCUGCCACGUGGACAAGCUCAAGGCGCUUAAUAAAUAACAGAAGAUGAUGUGAAACUAAGAUGACCACAAAAAUCUAAGAGAAUUAAAAAUAUAAAAUAAUAAGUAGUAGUAACAUGAACGAGCAAAACUUUACGCAAGAUUGUUCAAAGACUGGAAAUGCGAACAAUUAACUUUGUAACUCAUAAAUACAGUCUCCAUCAGUUAAAAAAACAAUAUUUUUGUAUGGACAUUUAACUUACAAUUCCGUUUACUAAUAAUUUAUGGGGGGAGAGGCCAGGGGGGCUUCCCUGGCAUCUUCAAAAACGUCGAAGUUGACACCAUGAUGCAUCGAAAACUGUAAAAUAAUUUGUAACACGUCCGCCACGCUGCUGUCGCAUCCAGAAGCAAAAGACCCGGCAGGCAGCCACAGGCAGAGCACGGCGUGCCCUUCUUACAAUCUACAGAUCACGAGUAGGGAUUCUAAACACUACAGAGUACAAAACAAAAGCUCAUUGCGGGAUUUCUCGCCAAAGUUGCACGAUGCGGUAUAGCACACCUCCGUCACAACACCGCACACACACACUGAGUUCAACUUAUCGCGGUGAUCAUGUCUGUGAAUCUACAGGUAUGUGGUGGUAAUGAGACACGUAAAACAAAGUGAACAAGCUGAAGCCGGGGACUGAACCAGGAAAAUGGGGAUGGAUGGUCACCUGUACUACUAUGGGUCUUUUGAUAACAGAUGCGUGGGUAGCUAGGGCAGCCAUUACUAACUACACCACUGGGCCUCGUUCUCGUUUCAAGAUGGCGCUUGAACUUUGUGGACUUUGGGUCAAAAGGGAGUUCACUCUCGCCGCCUCGCUCCACGUAGAGGUGACUGGAGGAUACAUCGUCUGCACUCCACGGAACCAGUCUUUGAUUUUACACGCAGAAAAGACCAUUAGAAACAUAUGGCUGGUAUGACUGCAAAUGGCUGCAGUGAAAUGAAAGCCACACCCAGGUGAAGAAAGAACAUUUACCAUCUAGGUGAUGAUAAGUGGCAAGAAGCCUGAAGGUCUGCGUGCUAAGCACCAUGGCAUUGUGUAAAGGAAUUCCCCUUAUCCAUGUCUUCACAGUCAUCUUGGGGUCUGUGGAGAUAGUCUUGUUUGGGGGAUGGAAUGCAAUCCUGCUAAUGUAAAAGCUGGGCUUGUUACAGAAGCUUUAUAGGAUUUCUAGACAAAGGCAUUCUUUAAGGGGUCAUAUUUGGUUGGCAUUCUGUAGUCUAUGUCUACAAAGAUGCUGGCUAUUUUUCUGAAAGAUGUCCCCGAAAAACACAGUCCGUACCUAGCAACAUGUCAACAUUUUACUCAGAACCUUGCAGAUUAUUUAUACAGCAAAAUAGUAGCCAUAUACAGAGCACAGUUGUUUGCCCAACCGGUGACCCCAUCUCAGAUUUGACCUCAACAGCAGGCUUCCCAACAUCGCAGUCACUUGUCACCUCAAGUAAUCACAAAGGCAGCAUUUCCUUUGAUGAAUUGACAUGUCAGGAGAAGCUGAAGGCUUUGGCAGAGGGCAGUGGGUCUCAGGUGUGCAAAUCACAAGAUGAGCAGUUUAAUCUUGUCUUUAGUCUGGCUACUUCCAUCAAUGGUGUGCUCAGUUUUCCCAGUGGCUUUCUUUACGAUCGACUGGGGACACGAAUUUCACGCAUAAUUUCUAUUGUUUCCUUCACUGCAGGUCAGCUGUGCCUUAUCUUUGCAUCUUCAUCCAGUCCACACUUGCUGUAUCCUGGAUUUCUUGGGCUUGUUUAUGGUGGCUACCAGAUUCUGUUGACCAACCUCCAAAUCAGCUCACUCCUGCCAGGCCUGAAAUCAACAGUUAUGUCCCUUUAUUCAGGUUCCUACGACACAAGUUCUGCAGUGUUCCUUGCAUUUAAGGCAGCUUAUGAGGGUGGUUUCUCCAUCAACUACAUGUUCAUCUGCCAUUCUGUACUGUACCUCCUCAUCUUCACAGGCAGCACCUUCUUCCUGCUGCCUCGCAUGCACAUCCCAAGCCCCCUGCCCCCAAGCUACCGCCUGCGGUCUGAUGUCUGCCGAAGGCUACAUGCCAAAACAAAAAGCGCCAAUAAUACCCAUGCCAAGAUGGAAUAUCGCAUCGAUGAAAUGGGCAGUGCUGUGCUGCUGGAAUCCUUGGCUGUUACCGAUGUUGAUGGCAACAACACACAUGCCAACCAUGAAUCUGUUUAUCCAGAAAAAUUGGAUGCAGCAGAGGAAGGCGAGGGGUUGCAGAGUGUGCAAGAGAAGGAUGGUGUCAUACCAUCUGACGGUAGGCCUACUGACAGUAAGACUUUCAGGCAAGUGGCGCUAUCUCCCCUGUUUAUAACAGACCUUGUGUGGAUGUGUGUUCAGCGUCUUCGCAGCUGGAUCUUUGUGGGAAUGUUCAAUCCGUGGAUCACUCGUCUGGCUUGUGGAGAUAAGUCAUUGGUCAGCCAUUAUACCUCAGCCUAUGCGGCCAUGCAGUUCUUUGGGAUUUUUACUGCUCCACUGAGUGGACGUCUAAUGGAUCGCAAAAUAAGAGGUGGUGACAGAUAUGGCAAUCCUAGAUAUGAGCGACUGCAUGCCUCGAUCGCCUCCUUUAUCUUAAAUAGCACAGUGUCAGUGCUGCUGACUGUGGGAACACUCAUCCCUGUCCUACAACUGCAGUACAUCACCUGCCUGCUGCACACACUGCACCGCUCCUUCCUGUAUGGCCCGAACUCAGCCUUUGUUGCCAAUGCGUUUCCUAACGAACACUUUGGCAAGCUAUUUGGCAUCACACUAACAGUCUCCGCGGUGUUCAGUGCCCUGCAGUACCCUCUCUUUCUUAUCAUGCAGGGGCCUCUCAAUGGAGAUCCAUUUUUUAUCAAUGUUUUUCUUCUGGUCCUGAUGUUGGUGUCCUUUGUGCAUCCCAUCUAUAUUUGGUGCUACCUCAAGAAAAAACUGACAAAGGCAUAAAUAUUUGUUUACAAGCUUUUACGAGCUUUUUCCAAUUUACUUUUUCUCUUUGUUAUGAAGCUAAAUAAUGAUGUACUCAGUACAAAUCUUUGAAGUAAUAUGCCAGUGUAGUUAGCCUCUUAGUUCUCAAGUAAUAUGUCAUAGCCUCUUAUUUCUGGAGGAAUGAAGCACUCACAACAGGCACAUUACUUUACAAUGAUGUAUCAUAAUGAUCUUUUAAUUCCUUUUGAGCUGAUGAACUGUGGUAUAUGUUACUAUGGCACAUUUCUUUAUUGUUCUGCAAAUAACUGUAAAUAAGAACAAAUCAAUUAUAAAUAUACAUUUAUUGUAAAUAUCAGCAAACGUCUUGAAAUGUUUGAGAAUGUCCCAGAAACUCGGCUGUAUAAUCAGUAUAUCUCAGUGGCAAGGGCAGCAACUACCACAGACACAAGACUAUAGAGAUAUGGGUAGCCAUCUAACUCAGGUUCCUUUGACUAUCAGCAGUUUUGGGCCUAAUCUUUCUUUUUUGAAAUUUUAUUUUAGCGCAGCCUUCAGUUCAUGACAAAGUGUAUUCUAACAAGUAUCAUUUGGCGUCCAUAGCUGAGCGGCAGUUUUUCAUGGUGUCUGCAAUUGUCACGGGCAUAUGCCUCUGCUUGUUGCAUUUUAACACGUGUAAUAUCUUUUACUUGUGCAUUUGGACAAGACUAGAAUCAUAUUUUUAGGGGUCAUCCAUUUAUUAUAAUGCACAUAUAAAUGUGUAUAUUCAUGUAUAAAUGUAUGUACACAUUACUUUUUUUUAACAUCAAGCACAUUUUUAUAUGAGGAACCAUAUACAUUUUUACCUGGGCAAAAGGUAUAUUUGUUAAAGUUGUAUAUGCCUAUAAAUAAGAACCAUGAAAGCUGAAGUCUGCACUUGUUGCUUGUUAUCAGGAACCUCACAGGUUUCAGAUUUGUGUUGUUCAAACUUUUGAAAUUGAAUACACAAGCUAUCAUGUCAUGAAACUGAUGUUUCUUAAAUAACAUACUGUCAAACCUCUGUUUGAUACACAGUAUAUUCUGGCACAAAACUGUUUUUGAUGCACAAUAUAGUCUGUCAUAAGACUAUGUUUGAUACACAGUACAUUCGGUCACAAAACUGUUUUUGAUGCACAAGAUAGUCUGUCCUAAGACUAUGUUUGAUACACAGGGUAGUUGUUUGCUUGACUGAUAUCAUACUGACAGGCAGGAGAAUUGCUUACACAUCCAAUGCUUAUCAUACAGUAGUUUCUGCACACAACUGGGCUGUGGGUUCUCCCGAGUGGCUGUACAGGUACUCGUGUGACUGAUGUUUAGAUCAUGACAGUUGUGAUUCUCGCUGUAGCAGUACCUUGAUUCUUAAUGCACAUGGCUGCACUUGACCUGGGUACUGACAAGUGCCUUCACUACUAUGUCAGUAUCACCACCACUACUUUAGUUGUCAUCAUUAGAGACAUCCAGUUUUCUCUUAAAAAUGCAGAUGUAAGCAGCUUUAAGUACUGAGGUAUGGCUGACAUUUUUCCCAACUUCAGUAUCUCAUUUUCUAACUGAUGGUGAAUGAACAUUUUGUAUAUGUUGAUGACAUAUUGAAAAUAUAUUGUAAAUAAACAGAAAACUAUUGUC